UACGCACCGCGCGCGCAGGUGCAGGCGGGUGCAGCGGCGGCACGUCCGGCGGGGUUCUGCACUCCGCCGACGAGCCCGUGCCCCCGCGUCGCCCGCGCUACGUCAUACUUUGCGCACUUGGCACGUAGACGACCGGACGUCGCGGGGGGGAGGACGGGACGCACGGGAGGCGCGGACGUAACGAGCGAAUUUAGCCGCGUCUCACGUGCACCCUCGCGCACGCGAAUGCGCGCGGACGGGAAAGUGCGGAAAGUGUGCACGCGCCGCGGGCGCAGCCGCGCGCCUUUCGAACGUUCGCGCGAGGCACGGGGACGCUUCGGCAUCUACCACAGGCAUUGAAGUCUCGCGGGAUCGCGCAAAGUCGCGCGCGAACGGGGAAAACGCGGACGGUACCGCGAGACAGCAAUCCUCGGAGUAAUUCUAUUGUUCUCUGAAGUAACGUCUGUACGUUUCUCAUCUUUUUUAUUUGCAGCACGUGAAGCAUUCGAAGAGAUGGGAAGUAUGAUUGGAUUAUACCGGACGUCACUGCGUCGCGUCGAUAAUUUACAUGAAACGCAAUGCCGCGCGUGAAAUUCAUGAAACUCCAGCUUUCUGUCUCGCAGCUGAUUCGGAGAUGGAUAGAGUCUGAUUAAAAUUCACGAGGAAAACGCGAGAUCGACGCGAGAUUAUCUCUCGCACCGUUCCACGGAUGUUCCGCGUCCCUGGUAGCACAGUGCACCGGCUAAACGUCCGCCCAAUGCACCCGAAUAUCGGGGUCGAUGCACCGUGCUGCUCGGGAUCCUGGAAGACUCCUCUCUUCGUCGAGAGGAGCGGCGAAUUAAAACGCGGUACAUGUGGCAAAGGUUCGCCGAGGGCGAGGAUACGCGAAACGCGCUGUCGCAGUUUUCUCUCUCUCCUCCUCUUAUUUCUACAUAUCUGCGAAGCAUUCGACCGAAUCUCUCGAGCGGACGCCAGGUGCCGGCCGCCCGUCCCGGGUCCCCGGGACGAUCUACCGUCAUGGGCGAGGCGCUUGGCGAUCGCACCGGCGUAUACGGAGGCGUACGAAAAUAUAAUACACGGGCGAAUCCGAUCGCGUGUACGCACGCGAUGUUACGCGGCCGUUCCGAAGGCCGGCUGUCAAGGUAGACCGCGUUGGCGCGCGAGAGGGCAACGGCCGGGCAUCGUACUCGCCCCGCGUGUGCCACGCGAGGCGCCGGGAGGUGACAGGAGAGACGAGGUGUCCGCGCAGAGUCCGCGGUGCGUAUACCGGUUUUGCACGCGCGUACGCGGGACCGAAUCGCUCGCGCGGGCCGGCGGGUUCCCGCCGGAGGGCGAACGGAGGCCGCUGUCCAUUUUUCAGUCCUCGCCACGUCAGGAACGCUCGCAGCCGCGCCGGACGGAUCAUGCUCGCCCUACGCGGCCUCCUCGUUAUCGCCGCCUGCCGCGUCGCCGCCGCGACGCCCCCCGCGUCGGCCAAGGCGGUCUACGAUCAGCGGCAGACCGGCGACCUGAAUGUGCAGAUCGAGCUCAAGAACCUGCAGGUGGUCGCGCUGCUCAACUCCGAGCUCCUGGACGACUACACGGACUACGAUUACUUCUACGAUUACGCCGACUUUACCGUGAAGCCGGGCAACCGGCCCACCACGGGUCCCACGACUGCGGGGACCACGGAGAGAAACGACAUCACGCAGGCCGCCGAGCCGGUCCCGCCGCUAAACUCGAUCACCGCGGCGUCCGUCGGCGACGCGAACGGAGUCGCGAGCGCCGCUCCGUCGAAUGGUACCGCGAGCGACGCGACGCCGCUGUCCCAGGGCGCGGGGAUCCCGGACGCCGCCGACUCGUCGAACGGUACCGCGGGCUCGGCACCAAACGCGGACAAGAACGACGAUAAGAGCCAGCCGAGCGAGCAGGAGCAAGAGGAAGAUGGAGCCGGAACGGCUCCCUCGGCCACGGCGAGACCCGCGCACGGCCCGCGGUCGCAGAAGCGCUGCAAAUCCGGAUACGUCCCGAACGGCGACGGACGCUGUCGGCGGGCGAGUCGACCGUGGCUCACUCGCUUGUUGCCGUGA